AUGGGCAAAAUCUCAUCUUACAGCGAUGUGAUCCUACCGAUGCAGGAUCCCUACAUGACCCAAAUCGUCGAUGGAAGAAAGAACUAUGAGUAUCGAAAAUAUCGCCUCAGACUCAGCGUGAAAAGAAUCUGGUUGUAUCGCACUGCACCGCACUCCAGCAUUAUGCAUGUCUGCGAAACACUGUCCGCGCAGACGCGGAACUCCGGUAAUCUCCCACUGGACAAAAACGGGCUGGGUAAUUACUGGGAUGGCUACGAUUUUGCUUACAGAAUGGUCACUGUCCGCGAGCUUCGGCAGCCGAUCACGUUGAAGGAGAUGAAGGAGAAGCAUGACUCUAGAAUAACUCCCAGGGGUCUUGUCUAUCUACCUAAGUCGAUGAAUGAUAGCGUUGACUUGAAGGAACAGAAAUUAGAGAAAUAA